AUGGACAAUCCUUACAACUUUCCUGCACCUGGACCUUUCGGAACAAACGCACCAGUCGGCAUGCCUCGCUCGUCACAAAUAUAUAUCGGACGCGGAGGCAUUCAUGUCAAGCAGAACCGGGCGAGAGCAACUUCGCCAAAAACAAACAACAUAAAUGUUGGUACUGCGACCAGCCCAAAGGUUUCGAGUGCCUCUUCUUCGAAAGCACCGAAAUCAAACACUGCGGUGAAUCAUGCCGGUUCCAAUUCUCAGAGCGUUGUGAAAACAAGCCCAAAUGUCAGAAGAAACCCAGCAAAAGAUCCAGGUCCGCUUUGGUUCGGAGCACCAGAACGGUGGAAUUCUGCUGUUUCCAGUUCUUCUAGUGUUGGCAAACCAGUGAUAGAUGCAACGAAACAGACGCCGGAACCAGGAGGACCAAGACUGCAACAAUCCCAUAAACGCAAGAGCAGCGAUGAUGACUCGAGUCAGUCUCCUGUCGGCAAACGUAAGAUAUCAGUCGAAAAGGCCGCGGCCGGACUUGUAGUUCCAACGUCCUCAGAUGUUCCACGGCACAACGAUCAAGUUCGUGGCAAAUCUACUAAUGUAGACAAACGCCCUCAGGACAACACUGAAAAGCAGACAGAAGUCCCGUCAUCAAGUGAAAUUCUAAGUAGAGAGCAGGCAGGUCAACCUGCCUCCAUUCCUAAGAAAAUCGAAGGAAACCACCUCAACACUACAAAACCAGUGGUAGUACUUGCAGCUCUGAAGGCCCAGAAAACCCAUGAUAAAACCAAUAAUGCUGUUCAGCAAUCUACGAGUACGAACAACAACACUCCUACCAUCGUCCCCCAAAAAACAGGAGUAGCAGCUAUACAAAGCUCAGGAGCCCAGCACCCAGCAGCACCUCCUCAACAAAUGCCAAUCUGGCCAACGCUCUUCAAGCCAGAGCACAUACAAGGUCUUCCGGACUUUUUCUCGCGCAACAAAGAAGGAUGGGAAAGAGGACUGAGACAGUUAUGGGCUAUUGUGCAAAGCAAUGGCCCGGAGACUCCUCAGAAUCAAGAGGCGGUUGGAAAUAUUAUUGAUUUCUCAAGAAAGUUGACGGAGAGAUUGCAGGUGAUGUGGCCUACGCUACAAGGCUCUGGGAUAAGUACAAGACCUAACGUGAGGGUCGAAGAAGCCGCAGCUGGUACUACGCAAAAGCAAAAGGUCGAUACUUCGGCUCAGAGCGCCAGGGAAAAUGAAACGCCUUUGAUUACGUCGAAUUCGUCUAAAGCGAGCUCUGUGGACAACACUGGUAAAUCCCAACCAAGCGUUAAAUAUGAGCAGACGUCGAAUGCUAGUGCCACAAUCCAGAUUGGACCUUCAUCUCAGCUCACAGUCACAACUCAACUAAAUAUGUCUAGCUCUGCAGCCGACAUUGAGAGACUGAAGCAGGGUAUUGAAAACCGACAAGCACCAAGUAGUAAGACUGCGCUUCCACGAAUACCUCCGGCUCAGUUGGUAGUUCCGACUCAACCAGCCAACUUUAAAUCUGCUCCGUCGAACUCGAGUUCCCAGAGAAACAUUGCCAAAUCUCAACAAAGCACAGAGAAACCACAGCCAACAGCAGGGAAAUUCCCAGGCAUUGCACCUUCAAUCCAGUUCGCAACUGCAAGUCAGAUAUGCAGUAGUGAGCCUGUUACGCCUAACAAGAAUGAUGCCAGCAAGACAGGAGAGUCUCAAGCUGUUGGAGCACUACUCACCCAAAACGCUCAUCAUGUUACUCAUAGUCAACCAUCAACGUCCAGUUCUGCUACUCCAGCUAAGAACUCAGAGACAAACGCGAGAAAUGUUCAGAUAAAUGGGCAAGUAUCAAAGAAGAAUGCUCCGGUGCCAACAUCAAUUUCGCGUGGAUUAAACAGUUCCAAAUGGGCUCCGGCUGAGACGAAGUCCUUGGGAGAGACAGUUAGAUCACAGCAAAGCAGUAAGACAUCAAAAGCGUCAAAUACGAAGGCUGCUCUGGACCAAAACUCUACACCACACCAGGUACUCCCAGCCCAAUCACCUGUUUCUCCGUCUGCCCCGUCGAACUCAGUUACUGCAAGCAAUGCAGCAAAUUCCAAACUUGAUAGGAAAGUACAGUCAACGCAGACGACGGGAUUGGCAAUUGCAGAUCAGCCCUUGAACAAUACAACAGUUCUGAACAAGGCAAAUACUGCAAGCUCUACCGGAGUGUUGCAGACCAAAACGACGGCACCAGCGGCUCACAAAACUCCAGUCCAACAGCUUCCACUUCCAAAUCAGCCGAUUCUUUCUACGUCUCGUCAGUUGAACGGCAAUUUGGUACAGAAUGCAGAUAAGACACAAGAAAGCAAGGAAACUGUAGUAAACACAAAACUCCAGCCUCUCGUCCACCAUGCAGCUCCAACUCAAAAAGUCCAGGCUGCGACUCAGUUAGCAGUUACGCAUCAAGCAGACGUUCCCCCGCCUAAGUCUACUUUAGGGAGUAGCUCGGUAAAAUCGCAAGCUGCUGCAAGCAUAGGAGCAAGACUGGAAGACUCGACGCCUAAUCGAUUUAAAGCUCAAGACAAAGUCGCUCCUACAUCCCAGGCUAUACCUACAAGUCCAAAGCCUAAUCAACCUACUGGAAGCUCUGCUCUACCAAAUUCAAGGUCGGAAGUCAACACCUUGCCACUACGUCCAGCGGCCGAAGUGAUAAAAGUUCAGAAGUCUCAACAAACAGCUCAACUCCCGACUGCCAAAAGUCCAAGCAUCACUUCGUCAGCUAUAUUUCAAGCUAGUUCUGUGACAAAGACAACAAAGUCACAAGCAGAACCAAAAACACAGCCCUCUUCCCAGUCUAAGGCUCAAGCUCAACUCGUCAUUAACAGUCAGCAACUUACUAUUGCAACUGCGCACUCCGAGACGAGUUCCUCAAGUAGCACCACCAAAUCACCACCGAAAAACAAGGAAUUGGUAGAGCAAAAGCCAAAUCAACCUGCUCAUAUCCCAACUACGCCGAAAAGGUCUACCACGAGCUCUAUCACCAACGAAACAAGCCCUCCAGCGACCGAAGCAAAAACACCACCACCAAAGAUCAAGUCUUCAACCCAACCGUCAAGCGCCAACAAACCCAAUGUCUUCACCUCGACUAUCCCAAACGCAACUUCAACGAAAACAAAGCCACUUAAUGCCAUCUUCUCAGCAACAAGUUUGUUCUCGAACAACGAAGUCCUCUCAACGUCCCAGAAGCUCUGUCAGCAAGCCCUCCAGAUCAAAGAACUGCAACAAGACCUCGCCAAAAAAGAUCAAGAAACAGCGGGGAUUACUAAGACGUUAAUGUUCGAACGCGAGCAGCACCGAGUUGUACUCUCAAACAACGAGCAAAGAGCGACCAGUGCUGAGCAAGCUUUUGAGUCGUACAAAGCGUUAGCCGGAAGAGUCGAGCAGGGCCUCCAAGAACGUGUGCAAGUGUUGGAAGGCGAGAACAAAACGCUCAGAAGCGAGAACUUAACUUUGAGAUAUGAGAGGGACAUGGCGAGACACGGCCUCAACGGUAUCAAACAGUGGAUUAGUCAGGUAGAGAACGAGAACACAGCACUCAAGGAUAAAUUUAGAACGCGCUGGGAAGAACACAUGGCUGAACUUACCCGCGUGAAAGCGGAGUGUGAUAAAAGAAUCGCAGACGCUGAGAUCGCAGAAAAGAAAUGGCGGAUAAAACACGACGAGGUACACCUCUCCAAAGCAGACCUCACGCGCAAGCAAUCUCUACAUAUCGAGCAAAUCCGCGCGGAGGCCAAGCAGAAAUAUAUACAGCUCUUUACGGAGCUCGACACGCAGGGCUGCGAGACGUACGCCGGGUUCGGGAGUUACGUGAAGAGCGCCCAAGCAAUGUGCAAAUUCAUGUCGGCACAAAUAACGGGUGAGGCGGUAUCAAUGGGAGUGUAUGCGAACGAGGUGACGAAACACGACAAGGAUUUUGCGAGGUAUGUGAAGGAGUUUAGGGAGAGUCUGGAACCUCAAGAUGGAGAGGAGCCCAAAUGGCAGGCCAUGGCUGCGAGCACGGCGGCGAGAGAGGCGUUUUUUAAGGAGCUGGAGGGCUUGACUAAGAGUUUGGGGGAGGUGAAAGGGGGGUUGGGGACGGUGAGGAAGGGGUUGGAGGGGAAGAUGAAGGCUGAGGGGGAGGAGCUUGAGAAGAUACGGAAGGAGCUUCUGGAUUUGAAGACUGUGAGAUCAAAAGACCAAACUAGUCUCAAAGCUGAGCUGGAGAGGAAGACGAAGGAACAUGCGAGUCUCAAGAAGGAGGUUGAGCAUAAGAAUUCGCUGAUGGGUACUCGCAAGACGGAAAUCGAAGCCCUAAAGGCUUCAGGGAAGAAACUAGAUGACGCGCUCCGGACUUUGAAAGCAGAAUCCUACGACCUCAUCGCCUCGUCCCAAAAGCGCUACGAGACAGCCGAAGCGAAAUGCCUCUCCCAAUCCGCGGGUCUGCAGCGACGAGAUCUCAAACUCGCCGAGCUCACCCAGAAACUAGCUGAUCUGUCAGAGAAAAUGGAGGAGAAGAAGAGGGAAGUAGAGCAAUUGGAUAAAUACCUCGAGCAGAAGAACAAAGAGAUCGCGGAGUUGGAAAAGGGGCAAUUGGGAACGACAGACGCGUUUCUCCCGCUUACGGAGAUUGGGAUCUUGGUGCGGACGCGUUAUUUGGAGAAAUUGAAACCCUAUCGCGGACAGAAUAAGAGCUUAAUCGAAGCCGGCGACCUCGCUGCCCACGGCGGCGCGCCGUUAGCUGAUGCUCUACUAUUCUCAUACACCCUCCCCUCGAUCGUGGCGCCACGCACCGAUUUCCACGUUUUCGAACAGCUGUACGAGACAUGCAUCAGCGACGUGGAAGAACUCCGCGAGUUGGUCCCGUUUCAAGAGGUGUUGCGGUGGAAUGGGUGGAUGAAGACGUUGCGGAACCAUCAGUUGAGGGAGGAGGCGGAGAGGUUCUUGAAGAUGACGAAGGGAUUGCUGGAGGAGGGUAGGAAGGUGGGACUUGAGGUGUGGUUUCAGGGGGCGGAGGGUAAGAAGGGGUUUGAGGAGUGUGAGAAUUUGUGGGUGGAGUGUCGGAAUGAGUUUAAGAAUGAGAGUGGUGGGAAAUGA